GACGAGCUACAGGGUUCAUUUACAAAAUGGAGGAAACGUUGAGCGACGGUCAUCCACCAAGCCAAAAACUUUGCUCGAUUCAAGCGAAUUGUGUGAAAGUUAUUAACAAAGACGGCGAUUUUUCUGUUGUCCACAACAAACCACUUGAAGUUGUGGUGUGGUCCAUAGACAAUGAGCAAUGUUUGGUGGAUAUUGUUCGCGGCGGUGAGAGCGUGUUAUCCUUUACUGUGACGAAAGAAACGGGACAUUAUCAGGCAGGAGAACUGUUUUAUAUCGUCAGCUUGAAAGACUGCUCUCCUAUGAUGUGUUUUCCUAAACAGCAAGAUGUGAUUUAUCUCAAACGUGUAAUAAGUGACUGUACUGGCACCAGUAAAGAAUCAGUUUUCACUGAGAGGACCGAGGAUAGUUCGGCUGUACAAUAUUUCCAGUUCUAUGGAUAUCUUUCUCAACAACAAAACAUGAUGCAGGAUUAUAUUCGAACGUCUACAUAUCAAAAAGCGAUGCUACAAAACGAAGUUGAUUUUAAAGAUAAGGUAGUACUUGAUGUUGGUGCAGGAACUGGUAUUUUAUCGUUUUUUGCCAUCCAAUCCGGAGCCAAGAAAGUUUAUGCUGUUGAAGCGAGUACCAUGGCAGUUCAUUGUGAGACUUUGACGAAAGCCAACGGAUUGAAAGAUAAAAUGCACGUAAUUGCGGGAAAACUAGAAGAGAUUGAAAUUCCUGAGAAAAUUGAUAUGAUCAUAUCGGAACCGAUGGGAUACAUGCUUGUUAACGAACGCAUGCUCGAAAGUUUUCUACACGCGAAAAAAUGGUUAAAGCCCGAAGGAAAAAUGUUUCCCAGUCAAGGCAAUAUGUACGUUGCACCAUUUAUGGAUGAUGCGCUUUACAUGGAACAUUACUCUAAAGCGAACUUUUGGUUUCAGCCAUCGUUUUAUGGAGUCAAUCUUACUCAGCUAAGGGAGAAAGCCAUCGAAGAAUACUUUAAACAGCCUAUUGUUGAUACCUUCGAUGUUCAAAUUCUGCUAGCAAAACCCAUAACCCAUGUAAUAAACUUUUUAACCAGUUCAGAAGAAGAUUUGCACAGGAUUGUCAUUCCACUGAACUUUACAGCGUUGACUGCUGGUAAUGUUCACGGUUUGGCCUUCUGGUUCGAUGUCGCUUUUCAUGGAAGCACGCGAUCCGUGUGGCUUUCCACGGCACCGCAAGAGCCUCUUACUCACUGGUACCAGGUUCGGUGUCUACUGCCACAUCCUGUCCACGUUCGAACUGGUCAAAUAUUACGUGGUCAAGUCUUGUUGCUAGCAAACAAAAAGCAAAGCUAUGAUGUCGAGAUUGAGGUGACGGUUGACGGUUCAAAUGUCAUUUCUCGAAAUGUACUGGACUUGAAGAAUCCUUACUUCCGAUACACUGGUACACAAAGCAAUCCGCCUACGGGAAAUAAUACGACAUCACCAACCGAAACAUACUGGUCUAGUAUCCCUAAUAACGUGGGAACGUCUUUGGGCCUUGUAAAUCACGACUUCUCCGCUGGUGGCGUGAUGACGAACGGAGUCGUACCAUCCAAUGCCACUUUUGGAGUGAACACAUUGGGACUUCAAGGACAAGUUCUGGUGAAUGGUAUGCAAGGUGGGUACAUCGUUGGCAAUCAUGGUGCGUACGCAAUGCAUGGAACUAACGGAUGAAAGGGAAAUCAACACAUCAUUUUACGAUGAAGUAAAAAACCUGCAAUUAUCAUGGAUCAUCUAGCACGGGCUCCGAAAAUAACCCGAAAAUAUAUGACAGUUACGAGAAGGCAGUGUAGUUUUAAAAUCCUACUUUAUGUCAUGCGCGAACGUAUAAAUCCACAAUAGCUCUGAACUCGCAUUAUUGCGAUUUUUUUAUCCCUCCAGUCUGUCUGAAUCCUAUAGUUUAUAUUGAAUGUAGGAUAUAUAAUACGCUUGCUGGUCAAAUAAACAUUUGUAAUAUUUUCUUCGUAACAAACAUCGCAGCAUUCUAAAUAAAAAAGCUCUGGAUCUUUUUUCAA